UUAUUCUGAGAAGACUUCGAAUUACUUUAGUUUCGCUUCGAUACAUGGGCGCAUGAGCAUUCAUAAUUUCAUACACGAUCAUAUAACUUAUGGCUGAACUACGAACUGCAUUGUCGUGGGGUUUUUCCUUCAAAACUAACUUAUAAUCAGCGCUACAACAAGCAUACUGAACUCUAUAUAUUAUGGAAAGGAUAUCCAUGGAAUUAAAACAAAAGGACACGAGAAAGGAAGUAGAAUUUGUAUAAAGCCUGUGGCUGUGAUGUUGAGGAAGUGAACUGAAAGAUUAUUAAUCAGAUUUCGAUUCUCAUUGCAGAGGAAACCUAUAUGGCCUUAAUACAUCACAGAAGUUGAGUUUCCCGGUCAGUGAGAAGAGCAUAGUUGGACACCUUUCUCACCGAUUUGCGAAGGACAUUUCAACAAUCAAAGAAAGAAGAAGGCCUCGGACAGCAUGGAAGGACUUAAGUCUAAUUACAAUGCAUUGGCAAGGAAGGUCCUGAUUGCUGCAGAGUCGGGCGAAUCGGAAAAGUUUAAAGGGCUGUUCAAAGGGCGGCAACCAGAGGAGGUCACCGAAGCUUUGUAUGACGUAUCGCAAGAAAGAUACAAUGAUGUCCUUGGAAAUGUCCGAUUUACUCCAUUUAUAGCUGGCGCCUGGCACGGUCAUAUUAAUGUCAUCGAUGAAUUACUCGAAGAAUACAAGGUCGAUGUUAAUCAGACGGGGUUUAUCACCGUAGAAGGAAAGAAAGUUGAGGUAACCGCUCUAUGCGCCGCAAUCCGACAACAGAACCUUGACAUGGCUAACUGCCUCCUAGAACGAGGGGCCGAUAUCAACCGAUGCUCUCCGCUGUCAGUGGCGUCUUACCGCGGUGACGUCACAUCAAUACGGUUCUUGGCGAAACACGGUGCGGACAUUAACGCUAGUUUUAACAAAGAGGGCGUCACACCUUUGAUGGUCGGCUGUGAGCGGUAUUCGUUGUACAUUGUGCGGCUGCUGUUGAACUACCAUGCUGAUCCGAGGUUGGAAGACAUGGAUGGAAACACCGCUCUGCAUCGACUGGCCUUGAAGCAGAGGAUGUAUGUCUUGAAGAACGGUCCUCUUCCGCAGAUCAUAGACACGCUUGUGGCGUCGGGCGCUCAGAUGUCGGUCAACCAGGCAGGACAGACACCACUCACCGCUGCGUGCGCAUCCGGGAAUGUUGAAGUGGCGCGCGCCAUCAUGUGCCUCCCGGAAGUACGUCCUGAAGAACAACUGACCGCGCAGGAAAAACUGAGGAAAAAACUUGAAAGUGACGUCAAAGAACGGAAUGGUUCCGACGAGUCACAGGAAGGGGAGAAAACACCGCGGAAAACGUCAUGGACUCAGAAGUUCACGAAUCCCAAUGAACUCAGGAAGCUAAAGUGGUCUGUGAACAAGAAAUCUAAGAAAACAGUCGCAGACAAAAUUGAAGACAUUGCAGAGAACAACGGGAUGGAUACGGUUCACGAGAUAGCAACCCCUUGAUACUUAUUCAAUAUAAUUUAUUUGAUAGAUGAGUUUUAUACCAAGGUAACGCAGUAAGCCUGUAGACUUGACAUCACAGUUAUAAUGCUAAUUGCAGCAGAACUUGCAUAACCUAAUGCUACUUAUUAUAUAUUAUAUUUCAUCACUGUAUCGUUGUGCAAUUUAUAGGCAUAUUUCUACGUACAGUGCGGGGAAUGGCAUCUUCGACUGGGUCGAAUUCAAAGGGUUUAACCUACAGGGUCAACCAUAAAGGUGUUGGUUUGUUUGGGAAGUUUUGAGGUGCAUAAUCCCUCACCUUUUCUAUUUUUGCCCGCCGUCAAUACCACCGCGAGGGAAAAUGUUUUUUUUUAAUCAUAUCAUUAUUUAGAAACAACUUUGCGCUCACUUUUGUUUAUUGUCAAGGAAAAUUUGGUGAAGGCCCUCCAAGAUUUUAAGCUUUUGUGGUAUAUCUCUUUUCAUUGUAUCCUGCUGUAUUAUAAAAAAUAAUAAUAUUUUUAUACCAAAAAGGACUAUCAACAUAAUGUGGAUCUCUAAGAGGAAUUUGCACGAAUCCCGGUUUGCACCAUGCAUAUAGAACGAUAUAUCUUGAUUUUUUUGCGGGUGAAUAGUAACAAAGGUCCUUGGUUUGGGAUAUCCUUUUGUAGGAUGAAUACAUUUCAUGUGGUGAAGAUCACUUCCUUUAAAAGGUCACCGAUGUACCGAACAUGGGUUGCUGCUAUCACGUUUAUCAUCUAUCACAAUUGCUCUAAUAUACAAUGUCGAGUUUGACUAAAAUUUGCCAAGGACUAACACCUUUUCAAUGACGUAAUGUGGUGAAAUUGUUAAAUUACUUCACCAUCGAUCAUUUUUUUUUCUUGUUCUUUUUAAGGGUGCAAUGCAUGAUAUUCGUGUCUCAAUUAUUUGUCGUUUACACUGCAAAAACACUGGCGUUGAUUUAACACCAGCCCGGUAGCUACAUCGGUCCAUAAGACUCCACAUCAGAGAGGUGUUAAAAAAACCCACUUAAGAAUCAAACCAAUAUUGGUUUAACACUAAUUGGUGUAGCUUAAAUGCCAAAUUGGUGUUAGCAUAACGCCAAACCUUGUUUCAACACCUCUCUGGUGUGAACCGAUAUAGCGACCAGGCUGGUGUUAAACUAACACCGGCGUUUUGCAGUGUAGCAGCCCCAGUCACUGCAAAAACAUUGCUGUUUAUUUCACACCAACUGGAGAUCUAAGUAUGAACACGUCAGAGAAGUGUUGAACCAACACCAGUUAAUAAUCAAGAUGUUGUGUUAACUAUGGCUCGUGCAAAGCGCCUAUUUGGUGCUAACCCAAACUAAAUCGGUGUUAUUCUAAUACUCUAUUGUCUAUUGUGGUAAAAUCGAUACUAAUCUGGUGUCAAAUUAACACCAGAUACCGUCUGGUGUACAAAUUAAGACUAGAGUUUUGCAGCCCGACAUCUCGAUCUUAGCAUCAACUACACUUAAUUUAAAGGUCAAGUUCAACUCAGAAAAAUGUUGAUUUGAAUCAAUAGAGAAAAUCAGAAAAGCAAAAUGCUGAA